AAAGAAGCAAACAAAUGACUAAUCAUAGCGAUAACAAACAUAACUAACAAUCGCAUAAUAAACUAUGAAGCCAAUGACAAUCUGAGAAUCUUCCAUAUUUGAAAGAUAAUUAUGCUACUAACACAUACACACCUUGAGCUAAUUGAUAUUUUACCAAUGUCCCAAAAAGAAACAAGACUAAAAACGUCCAAAAAAAAAAACAAGACUAAAAUUCUCUACCAUGAAUGUUAAAAGCCCUACUACUAUAACAAUAGCAAGGUGGUGAAACAACAUCAUUAUUAAAAACAAAAAAAUAAACAUAGCAAAUAAAAAUAAGAAAAUCAACACCAGUGAAGAUUCAAUCCAAAGCUAAUGAACAACUCAAAUCUCUAAGACAUACCUCUAAACAAAGAAGAUGGAGAAGAAAAUAACUCAUAGACAGAAGGAUAGCAACAAUCCUAAAAAUAGUGUGGGAAUCAACACGACUCGACCAGAGCCAUAGUGUAAGGCUAAGAAACUGCUGGCAAACCCUAGUCAGGCUAAAAAAUCAAGCAAUGGCUAAUGGUGAGAUUAAUUACUAGUUGGAGAGAUUUGAAAGAAAAUGGAAAAGUCUUUUUAGUUUCCUUGUUUCUAAAACUUUUAAUUAAUCAUUUAUGUGAACUUCCAUAGUUCAAAAUGAUAAAAAAGAAUCAUUUUAAUAUAUGUCGUUUAUUCCAUAAUAUUGUCGUUUGAAAACCAAAUUCAAGUAACUUUGAUGGUCUGUCAUUUGAAAAAUAAAAAAUAAAAUAAAAUAAGAAGAGGUACAGAACUUUGAUUAUGAAAUAUUGAAAUGAAAUGAGCACUAAAAAACUCAUAAUGUCCAAAGCUCAUUUCCAUUCAAUCCCACACAUGGUUCGAAGCUCCUUACAAAACCCCAUAACCCAACCAAACACACCCUUCUUGCCCAAAGCACCAUCAAUCUUGGCCACCAAUCUAAUGAAAUCCUACUUAGACCAAGGCUUGGUCAAAGAUGCACGCUUGGUGUUCGAUGAAAUGCCUCACAGAGACGUGGUUGCAUGGACUGCCAUGGUGGAAGGCUACACUUCUUGCAAUCACCAUACCCAAUCAUGGGUUUUGUUUUCUGAGAUGGUAAAGAAUGAAGUCACCCCAAAUGCUUUUACUUUCACCAGUGUUUUCAAAGCUUGUAAGGGAAUGAAGUCUCUUUCAUGUGGGGCUUUAGUGCAUGGUUUGGCUAUUAAGCUUGGUAUGGAAGGAAGCAUUUACGUGGAAAAUGCAGUCAUGGAUAUGUAUGCUACUUGUUGUGCUACCAUGGACGAUGCGUGUCAGGUUUUUCGGGAUUUAUGUGUGAAAAAUGCUGUUUCCUGGACUACUUUGAUCACUGGUUUCACUCACAGAGGUGAUGGUUAUAUGGGGCUUCGAGUUUUCCAGCAAAUGCUACAGCAGGAGGAUGCAGAACUGAACCCCUUUAGCUUUUCAAUUGCAGUUAGAGCUUGCGCUUCGAUUGGCUCGCGUACUUCUGGGAGGCAAAUACAGGCGGCCGUGAUCAAAUGUGGGUUUGAAUCCAAUCUUGCUGUGAUGAACUCAAUACUAGAUAUGUAUUGUAGGUUUACUUGUUUGCCAGAGGCUAACCAAUGCUUUCUUGAAAUGAGUGAAAAGAAUUUGAUUACUUGGAACACUUUGAUUGCCGGAUAUCAAAGAAUAGAUUCAAGUGAAUGUCUAUAUUUGUUUUCACAGAUGGAAUCACAAGGCUUUAGUCCAAAUUGCUUCACAUUUAGCAGUGUAGCAGCUGGUUGUGCCGACUUAGCUGUUUUGGCCUGUGGACAACAGGUUCAUGGUGGGAUUUUUCGGCGAGGUUUUAACCAGAAUCUGGAAGUAACUAAUGCCCUUAUUGACAUGUAUGCGAAAUGUGGAAACAUAGCUGACUCGCGCAAAGUUUUUGACGAAAUGUGUGAUAAGAAUUUAGUCUCCUGGACUUCCAUGAUGAUUGGAUAUGGAUCCCAUGGAUUUGGAAAAGAAGCUGUUGAAUUGUUUGAUGAGAUGGUAACAUCAGGAAUUAGACCUGAUCAAAUAGUGUUUAUGGCAGUUUUGAGUGCCUGUAGUCAUGCUGGCCUUGUUGAAGAAGGCUUGAGGUAUUUCCAUACAAUGACAAGUGAUUAUAAUGUUACUCCAGAUCAGGAGAUUUAUGGAUGUGUGGUUGAUUUGCUUGGCCGUUCUGGCCGAGUUGCUGAGGCUUAUGAAUUAAUUCAAAAUAUGCCUAUAAAGCCUAAUGAGUCUGUCUGGGGUGCUCUUCUUGGAGCUUGUAAAGCACACAAGCUUCCACAUUUGGGAAAAUUGGCUGCUACCGAAAUAUUGGAUUUGAAGCCAAAUACGGUGGAGGCCUAUGUGUUGCUAUCGAUAAUUUACGCUGCUGAUGGUAAGUGGAGGGAAUAUGCAAAGACAAUGAACUUGAUUAGAGGUAUGGGGAACAAGAAAGAAGCAGGGAGGAGUUGGAUUGAGGUAAGAAACCAGGUGUAUAGUUUUGUUGUUGGAGAUAAAAUAGGGUCUCAUACAAAGAGGGUGUAUGCAAUUUUGGAAUUGUUGAUUCAACAGAUGAGAGAGACAGAGUAUGAACCCAAUUUAGAUUGCUUAAUACAUGACCUACAAGAUGGAACUUGAAGAAGGAAGCUGGUAUUGAAGACCGAAAAGGCAUUUUAUUCUUGUCAACAUCUUUGCAAAAUGCAUGAAGGUGGACCAACUAGGAACAGAAGAGUAUUUUUUUCACUAUACAAAGAGGAUAAUGUGAAGAAUAGGAAAAAUAAUGCAUCUUUUGUUGAGAAGGGGGUUUAGAGUAUUGGUUAGAUUUAAAGGAAAACAAACAAGAAGGAAUUGAAGGUAGAAAUACAUAUGCAUAACCAGAAUGAUUAUUUGUACAUUUCAAGAUUCAUUCUAAAUGUAUAAUAUCUGCUUACCCUAUUGAUUUAAUUUGUUAACCAAAGUGAUAAUAAAAACAAGCAAGUUGGUUUUCUUGCUAUUUUAUUA